AAUGCCUUAAAGAUUCGGGCGACACGUUUUAUCACGUCCCAGAACCAUCUCUGUUCUCCCUGUGAUCGCAUUUCCUCGAUUUGAAGUCGUGACGAGACGGAAUGCCUGUGAGGGUGGUGGAAGGCUCAGCGCCUUCCCAGCGUUCAGGGCAAGAUGCAUCCAACGGACGUGUUUUGCCUCCUUAUUCGCUUUUGAGUGUUGGACGAGCCUUUGCUGGAACACAGAAUGUCUCCAGUUUACAGAAAGAUGAAGCAUGGAGGGUUAAUGUACGGAUCCAAGGAUGUGAUCUUGAUAAUGGUUAUUUAUGCGGUACCAUGGAAGCACUUAAUGUUCCACUAGCAGACACUCCUGUUGUUACUUUUUGGGAAGGAGAGUUAAUUGAUGCGAAGAACUACACAUUUUACACUGGCAAGUGGGAAGCAACACCAGAUGAUGACAUAAGACAUUGGUCCAAGUUCCCAUCCUUUGGUCCGCUUCUGAGUCAAGUAGAAGCAGAUGGUGGCAAGUCAUUGGACCUGAGCAACUAUCCCUUCGUGUUUAUGAGAUGGAAAGAGCAGUAUUUUGUAAAUGUUGGAAUAGAUUGUGGUUUGACAAUAGCUGGUUUCUACUAUGUGUGCUUCUCCUGUAGUGAUGGAUCCAUUAAUGGCUUCUAUUACGAUCCAAACAGCAGCCCAUUCCAGAAGCUGGAACUAAAAUCUGCAAACGACGGACUUUCAGGUUUCACAUUUUCAUCCUACCAGCUGCAAUGAGCAAAAAUCUUAUAGUAAAAAAAAAAUGGCAGUGAUGUACCCAGAUGAUCCAUGCAGGACUUUGUAUGUAUGUUGACUGUUGCUAGAUUUGGCCAUUAGUUCCAGCACUUCUUUCGAAAGGUUCCUAAAGUUGUACUUAUUUUUAGAUUCUCUCAUUUUUCAAUUAGAUUUUUUUUUUUU